AUGCGUUUCUCACCGUGGCUGCUCAUUGCGGGCCUUUCGACCAGUGUCAACGCCUUCUACCCUUAUGAGCUCAAGGUAGAGGUUUCUGCCGGCAUCUCAUCCGGGAACAAUGUGCAUCGCCGAUUCUUCCCCUGGACGCUUGUGUCGGAUAGCUCGGACGACGCCACGGAUGCUGCCAAGCCAUUGACCCUCGACAUCAAAAAGCUCCCCGUUCGUCGUGAUGAUACCUACAAAAUUGUCCAAUCCAACACUCCGACAGUCGCGAACAGUGCCGCUCUCGACCAAGAUGGCCAGGACUUUUCUUAUUUCUCCGCGGUGAAAGUAGGCUCACAAAAGGAGGAAAUGUGGCUCGCUCUUGAUACUGGAUCGCCCAGCAGCUGGGUAUUCAGCUCCAGCUGCACCGACACGGUCUGCACGACUCACCACACCUUUGACAAGUCCGCCUCUAGCUCCUAUGCCUCGAACUCCUCGGCCUUUAGUGUUGGUUAUGGCAGCGGGAUGGUCAAGGGCGACCUGGGACAGGAUGUUUUCUCUAUUGCCGGCAUGGAUGUGACCUUCUCAUUCGGAACGGCCACCUUCGCGAACGAUACCUUCUCCAGCUACCCAAUCGAUGGAAUCCUCGGUUUGGGUCGAUCGGGAACUGCCGGAUGGACUAUCCCCUCUUUUAUGGAUGUUGUUGCCAAAAACAAGUACACCACCUCGAAUAUCGUCGGAUUCAGCCUUUCCCGUGCCAGUGAUAACAAAAAGGACGGCGAAGUCAACUUUGGAACGGUCGAUACCUCCAAAUUUGACGGCAACAUCUCCUACACGGCCACCAACGCAGAUAUCUGGACGAUUCCCAUGGAUGAUGUCUAUGUGAAUGGGCAAGCUACCGGUUUGACCAACAAGGCCGCUACCAUCGACACUGGAACCACUUACAUCCUCAUUCCUCCCGCCGACGCCAAGACUCUCUUCGCUCGUAUCCCCGGAUCCUCUCAGUCGGGUGAAAACUACAUUAUCCCUUGCAACUCGACCGCAACCUUGGAGCUUUCUUUCUCUGGUAUCAAAUACUCAAUCGAGCCGGAGGACUACAUUGGCGCAUCCAGCACGGGCGGCUGCGUGUCCACCAUUGUCGGCCACCAGUCGUCAGGUGCUAAUGACUGGCUCGUUGGAGAUGUCUUCUUGAAGAACGUCUACUCGGUCUUUGACUUUGACAACGGGCAGAUCGGAUUCGGUACUCUGUCCUCGUCCAAUUCGACUGGUAAUGGAACAUUUACCAACCCGACUGUUACUGGUACGACCGCUGCCUCUGCCGUUACCGCUGCCACUAGUACUGGCACCGUUAGCGGCUCCACCACCAACUCCACGAUUUCUGCGACGACGACUGCGGAUACAGUGAUGCACACUGGUGCUGCAUCUCGUCUGUCCCAAGGCGUGGGUCUAUCCCUGCUCACGGCUAUCACUGGGUUGCUCUUCAUUUAG